AUGCCUGCUCUUUAUCCAUCAUACUUUCCAUAUAGUGCUCAGCAUUCUGUCUUAUCGAGUAUCCAACAAGUUCUAGAAGAAUGCUGUUUUGAUUUUACAAAGAAAUGGUUACCUUCUCAAGUCGAAAACCGCGAAUGGGAUUGUGCUGCAGCUAUGGAGCUCACAGAGUGGAAGUUUUUAGCAAAGUGGUCACCACAACUUCCCCAUGAGUCUUUGCAAUUGAGGGGCUCACAGUUCGACACACUCCUAUCUACAAUUUGUCAAAUUCGACACACAGCAGUUCACUGGCAGCCAAUCACAGCAACCAGCGUCAGUUUUCUGGUCCUCGAAGCUAAGAGGCUGGCAGAAGCUUUGCAAGAUUCUUUACGCACAUCACAAUUGGAAGACCUUCACUUCGACAUACAAAACAAGAUCCAGGAAAUGGAGCUAAACAAGAACGCCCUUGAAGCUAAUCACGCUCAUGAGCUUAGAGCCUUGCAGCUCCAACAAGAAGAAUUAGACCAGAAGGAGGAGCAGCUCAGAGCCAAAAUUAUCAACAGCGACAAAGAGAACAAAACUCUCACGGGCCUUCUGGUUAAGGAGUCAAUUAAAAGGAUAUUUAAUGACAGGAAAAGUGGCCUUGAUGAUGAUUCAGUUGGGUUUGAGGCAGAGGAUGACGGAGCAAACAAAAAAAUUAGUCCAGGUUGUCAGCUCCUAUGA